UCCUUCCAACUCUGAAAGAUCUCCUUCUCCUAAUGAUUAUGAGUUAACAGAUGCAAUCUCACUUUCCAUUCCUUUCACUCCAAAACAACAUUUUCCAAACCCUCCUUUUAUAACCUGAAACACCCACUUUCCCUCACCAAAAAAAAAAAAAUCCAAGUUUGCAGACAACAAUGGAGGUCACAAAAUCCCUUCUCUUGGCUCUGGCAAUAGCAUUGUUCUUGGUGGCAAUGGUGAAUGCAGAUGACAAUACAGUGAAGCCAAUUGUGAAGAUAGUGAAGGGGAAGAAAGUUUGUGAUAAAGGGUGGGAGUGUAAAGGAUGGUCCGCAUAUUGUUGCAACCAGACUAUAUCCGACUAUUUCCAGUCUUACCAAUUUGAGAACCUGUUCUCAAAGAGAAACUCACCUGUGGCUCAUGCUGUUGGGUUCUGGGAUUACCAUUCUUUCAUCACUGCUGCAGCUGAGUAUCAGCCUCAUGGGUUUGGUACCACUGGAGGAAAGAAAACGGGGAUGAAAGAAGUUUCUGCUUUUCUUGGUCAUGUUGGCAGCAAAACCUCAUGUGGUUAUGGAGUGGCCACAGGAGGACCAUUGGCAUGGGGAUUGUGCUACAACAAGGAAAUGAGCCCUAGUAAGUUAUACUGUGACGAUUACUACAAGUUCACCUAUCCUUGCUCUCCCGGAGCUUCCUACCACGGCCGCGGCGCCUUGCCUCUCUACUGGAACUACAACUAUGGAGAAGCAGGGGAAGCCCUGAAGGUGGACCUAUUGAACCAUCCAGAAUACAUAGAACAGAAUGCAACACUUGCUUUCCAGGCUGCCAUAUGGAGGUGGAUGACUCCGGCGAAGAAGCACCAGCCCUCGGCUCACGAGGCCUUUGUCGGGACCUGGAAGCCGACCAAGAAUGACACAUUGGCCAAAAGGGUACCUGGCUUUGGCACCACAAUGAAUGUUCUCUAUGGAGACCAAGUGUGUGGGAAAGGAGAUGAUGAGUCCAUGAACAACAUGGUCUCUCAUUACUUGUAUUACUUGGAUCUUGUGGGUGUUGGAAGAGAAGAGGCAGGGCCACAUGAGGUUCUAUCAUGUGCUGAACAGGAAGCUUUCAAUCCAUCCUCAUCUUCAUCAUCUUGAUUAAACCUUGAGAAUUGUGGAAGAGAUGAUGAGUUUCCUGAUCAUUCAAGCAAGAACUUCAAUAAGGAAUAUUGGGUUGGUAUUGGUAUUGGUAUUGGAAGAAUGUACAAGUUUGCCCUUUUUCUUUGUAUUUACUUAUAUCCCCUACAAUUAUUGAGUGUAUAGAAGGAUAUUAAGUGUCAAUUGCUCAAUAAAUUUUGAGAAUCAUGAGUGGUUUUAUA